GGGGGGAAGUCAUGUGAACUAAUAAAACUGUAAAAUGCCAUUGGGAAUUUUUUAUAAUGAAUAGUCAUUCAAAAAAUUGGGGAUCAGGAAGAUUUUUAAAAGGUUUUUAAAAGAAGUCUUUUAUGCUCACCAUGGCUACAUUUAUUUGAACAAUAAUACAGCAAAAACAGUAAUAUUGUGAAAUUGUGGAAAAACUGUUUUCUAUUUUAAUAUAUUUUAGUAUGUUAUUUAUUAUUCCUGUGAUGCAAAGCUGAAUUUUUAGCAUCAAUACUCCAGUCUUCAAUGUCACAUGAUCCUUCAGAAAUCAUUCUAAUAUGCUGAUUUGAUGCUCAAAACAGUUUAAUAUUUUUAUGGAAACUUAAUAUUUUUGUGGAAACCGUGAUAGCCUACAUUUUUCAGGAUUCGUUGAUGAAUAGAAUGUUCAGCAUUUAAUUGAUUUUUUUUUUCUUUUGUGAAGGCAUAUAGGUCUAUCUAUAUAGAAAUUGACUUUCAUUUAAUAAUUUGUUAAUAAUUCCAUUUAGAAAUUUCCUCUAAUUUAAUAAUGUGUUCUUUUAGACAUCAACUAACUAUAUCAUGAAAAAAAAAAAACAAAAAAAAAAAAAAAAAAAACUAUAUCAUGAUGAAGAAAGCACCAAUCCUGUCUUUGUAUGUGAAUCAUGACCACUCAUCACAACAGAACCUGACUUUUUUUUAGCAGAGAUAAUUGAGAACACGAGUAAAACAAUCAGAUUGUUGUUGUUUUUUGGAUCAUCUCACAUCCAGCAGCAUAGAAGUUGCACUCAAGGUUCAUGCAGUUAGAAUACAUGGACAAAAUUGCAAUAGACAUUUAAAUUAAUGAAGUUUGCUAUCAUAUUGGUCCUUCAAGACUCAUUUCUUAUGUCAUAACUUUUUUCCCAAGUUAAUACCGAAAUAGCCACAACUGUGUUGUUCUGUUACUGUUAUGUUUAAAGUCAUGGGAAAAAGACUAUAGAUCUGCUUCACACUCAGCUAUGUCCCAGAGAAGGACUUCAAAGUAUCAAAGAACCUGUCUGUCUGUGUACUAACUCCAUGGAGACAAAUCAGACUGGUUUGCUUCAUAAAAAGAACCCUUUCUCUUCUCCUUUCAAGGGGGUGUGAGAGAGAGAGAGAGAUUGAGAGGCAGAAAAAGAGAGUGAGUAGAGAGUGAAUAAUGUAACCGGGUAAUAUGGUGCUGUUUAUGUAAUGCAGAUUCUAGGCCAGGAGGGGAGUUCAUCCAUAGUUCAGUGGUGGCACAGCAGGAUAAAAUUCUGAUCAAAUUGAGUCUUGUCUGCCAAUUAUAUUCAGUACUUUAGAACUCUUCAGCAUUCCUCAUAAACCAGGGCUUUGUCUCUAGGUAUGGCUGUAGUCAACAACAUUUAACUGUCUUUUAUUUCCCUAAUGUGUGAACAGACACGUUCAUUAUUGCAGGCUGAAAGCGUAGUGAGCAGUUUAGCACUUCACAUCUUAAGACCGACAUGUUCAUUACCGUGAUAUUUGGUGAGGGAAGAGAAGAGAUACUGAACCUAAAUUGCAAGAUUAUAAACUUCAUCCACUGUAUAAAAGAAAAAUGCAAUCUGGAUCCCCAAGAGACUGUGGACUUGAUGGACAGGACAGGAGAGCUGGUGAACUUGGCAGAGAGAGCGCAGAGCACAGACCUCGUCAGCAGUUUGCUGAAGGAGAGAGAGAGCUAUAUUCCAUUACGUGUGUCAAGAGGUGAAGGCAGUGAAGGUCUUAAGUAUUCUGCAGUGUAUGACUUUGGCACAAGUUACCCUGAGCUAGCAGAGAUUCUGAGAAAACUGUCAAAUCCUUCAAAGGAGAGGGACAGAAAGGGUGGAGCAUCUAAAAGGGGAGGAGUCAGUCAAAAUCGCAUCAAAGCUGCUAUCAACUUUAAGAAAGCCAUCACAACACCUCGGAACUGAAACAGUGUUCUUUUACACUGUUGUCAAAAUUUUACUUAACAAAUUCAUUGUGUUACUCUUCUGUAAUAUAAUUUCUAACAAUAUAUAAAGAAUACAUUUUGUUCAUGUAUAUUCAAAAUUGUUCAAAUAUUUGGAGUCAGUAAGUUUUUUUUUUUUUUUAUAAGAAAUUAUAAGUCAAUAAGAAAUUAUUACUUUUAUUUAGCAAAAUUGAUCAAAAGUGACAGAAGGACAUUUAUAAUGUUACAAAAGAUUUCUAUUCCAAAUAAAUGCUGUUCUAUUCAUCAAAGAAUCCUGAAAAAAUGUCUCACCGAUUCCAUAAAAAUAUUAAGCAGCACAACUGUUUUCAACAUUGAUAAUAAUAAAAAAUAAUUCUCGAACAUCAAAUCAGCAUAUCAGAGUGAUUUCUGAUGGAUCAUGUGACGCUGAAGACUGAAGCAAUGGCUGCUGAAAAUUUCAAAUGUGGGUAUCUGCAGGUCAGAAAAAUGGGCGUGCCAAAAGGUCUUUACAUUUGGUUGCGAAAGCUGCCUGUUAGGGUGUGGGGUAGGGUUAGGGGUUAGUUUCAGCACUGUGUACCUUUCGGCACGCCCAUAUACGACCCGCAGCUAUCCUGGUCUCGAAAAUUCAGCUUUGCCAUCACAGGAAUAAAGUACAUAAUUAAGUUAUCUUAUAAAAUUAUAAAUACAUUAAAUGUAUACAUUGAAAUAUAUGACUUAUAUAUAUUUAUAAAUAUAUGUCAUAUAUUUCAAUGUAUACAUUACAUUUAAUGUAUUUGUAAUUUUAUAAGAUAACUUAAUUCAAUACAAAGAUUUGCCCAUUCUGUAAUACAACAGAAAGAGUUUAGGUUAAAUUUUAUGAAUGUAAGGAAAAGUCUUAAACUUUAAAGGGUUAGUUCACCCCAAAAUGAAAUUUCUGU